UUGGCGCACUCAUGAUGCUGGUUAUCGGUACAGCUUCAUCUGUCUGUAAAAAUCUAAUUUUUCAUUGUAAAGGCAAGCAUUUCCAGUCGCUUUCACGGAAGGGGGCUCCACUUAAACCUAACAAUGUGAAGCCAUUCUCCGUCACCUAAGCGCCCCUGCAGUGAUGCCUCCAGCCAUGUCUCAAAUAAGCGAUCCAAAGAUUGCUUUUGCCUACUUGCGCCCAGCCUGUGUCCUGCUUACCCGAGAGCCCACAGUGGUUAAUGUGGAGACACUCAAAGGCCAGUUAAAAGAAGUCAACGAUGCCACGUUGCAGCAGCUUCAGGAGUACGUCCUAUUCCCUCUUCGAUUUGUCCUUAAAGUCCCCGGGGCUAAGAAGGAGCAGCUGGUCCAGUCUGUGACCGAGGCAGUAAGCUAUGUUUUGGAGAACACUUGCAUCCACAGCUGGGAAACCCUCCGCGACCUCUUUUCCGAGCUUUGCCUGUGCCUGUCCUCUUCAGCUGAUCCCGGGAAGCCUGCAGAUACGUCAGAGGAGCUAAAAUCAGCUGUUCUGAGGUGCCUGGAUGCCCUGCUUCAUGCUGCUUAUGGUGAUAUAGUGUUCAAACUCUUUGAACCGAUUAUGCUGCCUGGGCUGGGUGCUGCCGUUUCACUGCUGCUGGCUUUGGGAGAGAAGGAGAAAUCUCGAGAUAUACAGACAGCAGCCUUGAAGUGCCUCCAGGCUUUGACUCUGCAGUGUGACUGCACCCAGGAACACGUAGUCCCAUCAUCAGAGGAGCGAUGCUCUGUAGGCAGCGCCAUGGCAUCAUUUUUACCUGGAAUCACCAUGGCUACGGCCAGGAUCAUUACAGGAGAUUUGAGGCAAGGCCAUGCAGUCACAGUCCGGGCCAUCAAGGUUUGGUCCAGGACCGUGGAGCUUGUCAUGGAGGAUGUCCAGCUCCAGUCCACUGAGUCCUAUAAGACUCCCUCUGCAGACCUGGGGAGGAUCGGACAGCUCAUAGUCCUUCGGACACCGGAGUGGGUGAAGAACACGGCAGGGAAGCUGUCUGUCCUGCUCAAGAAGAUAAUCUCAUGCACUUCAGCGCACCAGCACUGGAGGGUUAGAGUGGCAAUGGUGGAGUUGGCCGAUCACCUGCUGGCCAAAUGCAGUCGCUCACUGACUGAUUGUGUAGGAUCACUACUAGAAGCACUGGUGGGGGCAAUCAAUGAUGUGGAACCUAGAGUCAGAGAGAGGUGUGAAGUUGCUCUCAGGGAGGUAUCCCAGAGGAAUCAGAGGUGCAGCGGCAGCACUGGCACUCAGACCUUCACUGACAACUUAUCUGAGAAUCUCCACUCUUUGGCCACCUCCCUACCCAGACUGAUGAGGACCUCUGAUGACCAGAAGAAGCUCUUUGUUCUCAACGUGUUUUUGGGCUACUUAAAAAUCUUAGGACCGCUUGUCUCUGUGGUGCUCAACUCGGCUGCACAUCUGGAGAGGAUUUCCAAAGCCUUAAUGCAGGUGCUGGAACUCGAUGUGAUGGAUGUUCGCAUUGUGGAGGAGAGGAGUUACGCUGCUGCCGUAGAGACGAGCACCGGCUCCCAUGAUUCCUACACCACUCACACACAGAGGAAGCAUUUUCUCUACUUCACAGAUGAGAAAAUCUUCUCUGUGCUCAUGGAGAUCUGUCGCACAUUAGGUUAUUAUGGCAACAUCUACCUGCUGACCGAUCAUCUGCUGGACUUGUACUGCCAGUCUUCAGUGUACAGAAAGCAGGCUGCCAUGGUGUUAAAUGAGACAGUUAGAGGUGCAGCAGGUAUCGCUGUGGCAGACCAGAGUCAGGGUUUGGAGACCAAAGUUCGUGAAAGCCCUGCCACCCAGGAAGAUAUUAAAGCAGCAGCUGUUUCUAUCAUUGAGGAAUACACCAGCCUGAACAACUGGCAUUUGAUUACAGUCAGCGAGGAGACGGAUAGAGACCGACAGGAUCAGCAGCUGCUCAGUCCAUCCAGACUACUCUCCAUAUCCAACAGUGAUGCCGGCAACUCAAAUACAAGCUCUCUCCAAGUGAUUCCUUCAUCAUCAACAUCUGCAUCCACGAUCCACCAGCUCAACAGCAACAUCUGGCAGCUGUGCAUCCAACUCGAGGGCAUCGCCUGCUGUGCUCAGGCACUGGGCCGCGAUUUCCGUCCCUUGUUGAUGACCUCACUGUAUCCUGUGCUGGAGAAAGCUGGUGAGGAGACGCUGCUGGUCAGCCAGGCGGCACUGAGCUCCAUGUGGGACAUCAGUAAGGCCUGUGGAUACGCUUCCCUCAAGGAACUGAUCAAUGAGAACUCUGACUACCUGCUUAAUGACAUUUCACUCAACCUUCAGAGGCUCAGCCAGCAUCCACAGGCUCCACGGGUGUUGACAGUUAUGUUGACUCACUCUGACUGCAGCCUGCUGCCGCUGGUCGGGGACAUCGUUCAGGAUGUGCUGACGGCUCUGGAUCUCAGCUACGAGCGCACAGAGUUUGGGCUCUCAAUGAAGACCUCAGUAAUUAGUUUCAGCUCACAUAUAAUCAGGAUCAAAACAGAGAUAAUUGUUAGGUGUGUUGUGCGUCUUUGUCUUUAGGUACUGGACGUGCUGGAGUUGUGCGUUCAGGUGCUGAGUGAGAGGGAAAACGAACUGCUGCCUAUGGCUCAUCGCUGCUGGCCAGCACUCCUGCAGAGACUCACAACUGAUGACCCAUUAGCAGUCCUCAGAGCCUUCAGGGUGCUGUGCGUGCUGGGUGAAACAUGUGGGGACUUUCUGAGGAGGAGGGUUUCUAAAGAGGUUCUGCCCAAGCUGAGCGCCUCUCUGGCACAGCAGGCUCCGAUCAGCGCCAAGGCUGGGCCUGUCUACACACACACCCUGGCCUACAAACUGCAGCUGGCUGUAUUGCAGGGGCUGGGCUCACUGUGCCAGAGACUGGAUCUGGCUGAAGCAGACCUAGAUGUGGUUUGUGAAGCCUGUCUACCCUACCUGAGCUCCAGACAACCCAUCAGACUGCAAGAAGCCUGUUUAAGUGUGUUCCGACACUUAAUCCAGGUGGAUCCGGACACCUUCUGGUUUACUCUAAAUGAGCUGCACUGCCCGUCCUCUUACAUCCCACACCACCCCGACCUCCUGCCGGUGCAGCUGAACGGCACGGGCAGGCCGAGAGACGAGUUCUCGGACAACGUGUUCAAACUGCUCAAGGAGGAGUUUGGCUCCGUUACUGAAACAGUUAACCAGCCAGUCAGCUAAUGAGCUGCUGGUUGAUGAAAUUGACUCUUCUCACAAACGGACAACUUAUUGAACCACGACUCCAACAGGUCAAUUAGCUGAAAGAAAGUCUGUCAGCUGUGCCAAAUAGCUGAUCACCUAGCUCUGUGGAAUUAAGAGCUACUCUGUAAUUUACAAAAUGUUACUUAGUCAUCACCUUGAUUCUGCUAGCCCACAAUUAGUACUUACUGUACAUUAACAUUAGGUGAAAAUGGAGCGCUACUGAGUUAUGUUUGAUUAAAAAGA